AGUACGACUGCGGCACGUUGGGCAGACCCACGAGAGUUAAGAGCGAGCUGCGGCCGCCCCACACAGGCAGCACUCGUCCCUGGGGUGUUAGUACUUUGUGAAUGUCCCCCAGAUGCUUUUAAUACGGGCUCCACUGCCCCGUGCGAGUCUGCGGGGGGCGGGACCAUCUGGUCAACCUCGGUUUCGAGCCACGCCCGCCGGAGGUUUGGCCCACUCCUCGCCCGGGGCCUCCUGGGCCUAGCGGAGGCUUCGGGACCGGUUCGACCGAGUUAGGACUGAACAGGCCGCGGCCAGAAUUGCCCGAACCCAGGCAGCUGCAGUGUCUCCCAAGAAAGAAUCUCUCCGGGUUCUUGCCCUAACCUUCCGUCUCGCCGGCCGCUCCAGUCAGGUCGCAGCCAGCCGAGGGCGCUGCGAGGCAUGGACGAGGAGCAUCGCGGGACCUGGUUCGGCUUCGGUUUCUGUGGCUUCGGGCAGGCGCUGGGCUCGGGGCUCGGGCGCCAGGUACACAGCCCCGAGCCGCUGAGGACGCCGGGCGGCAACCUCGACGUCUGCCGCGUGAGCGCGAGCUGGAGCUACACCGCCUUUGUGACCCGUGGAGGCCGGGUGCAGCUGUCGGGCGCCGCGGGCGGCGCGGUGGGCGGAUGCACGGACGCGUGGGCAUCGGAGGAGCUCCUGGUGCUGCUGCGCGCGGGGCCGGGAGCCGGGGCGGAGCUGCAGGCCUGGGCGCCGGGUUCGGCGCUGCGCGGGGAGCCCCUCUGGUCCCAGGCCGUGCAGGAGGCGGAAGGCGGACCCAGCCGUGAUGAGAACCAGGCGGGGCCGCUGCCGCUGCUGCCCUGCGCUCGCGCCUACGUGAGCCCGCGGCCGCCCUUCUACCGGCCUCUGGCCCCCACGCUGCGGGCCCGUCGCCUGGAGCUGGGCGCCGAGCACGCGUUGCUGCUGGACGCCGCGGGCCAGGUGUUCUCCUGGGGCGCGGGCAGGCAUGGACAGCUGGGCCACGGGACCCUGGAGGCCGAGCCAGAGCCCAGGCUGUUGGAGGCGCUGCAGGGCCUACCCAUGGCUGAAGUCGCCGCAGGCGGCUGGCACUCUGUCUGCCUGAGUGAGACAGGAGAUAUUUAUAUCUGGGGCUGGAAUGAAUCGGGGCAGCUGGCCCUGCCCACCAAGAGCCUGGCAGAAGAUGGAAAGACAACUGCAGGAGCCUCAGGACUGGAUGAAGAUGGUUUUGAAGUAAAGAGAGUCUCUACGGGUGAGGAUGGAGCCCCCGCCCCCUUCAUAGCGGUCCAGCCGUUCCCAGCUUUACUGGACCUCAGCCCGGGCUCAGAGGCAGUCAAGGUCAGCUGCGGAUCCCGGCACACGGCAGUGCUGACAAGAACGGGGGAGCUCUACACCUGGGGCUGGGGUAAAUAUGGACAGCUUGGCCACAAGGACACAACCACUUUGGACCGGCCCUGCCGUGUGGAGUACUUUGUAGAUAAGCAACUCCAAGUAAGAACUGUGAGCUGUGGGCCCUGGAACACCUACGUGUAUGCUGUGGAGAAAGAGAAGAGCUGACCUAUGGAUAAGGGUAUAAAAUAACAGUAGAGUGGAAAAUUAUAAAGCCAACACCUGUGAAACUCCCCACAGGGCAAGGAAAACCACUGCCAGCACCCAGAGGCCUCACCUUUGCCCCUCCCGUUCACAGCCCUCUUGCUCCACCUUAGAGCAGGUGGCAUCUUCAACUUUGUCCCCCCAUUAGAAACACCUGGAGGGAACUCCCUGGUGGUCCAGUGGUUAGGACUCUGCGUUUUCACUGCUGAGGGCACAGAUUCAAUCCCUGGUCAGGGAACUAAGAUUCUACAGGCUCCAGGGUUUGCUGUGCCCCACACUCCCAGAAAAAAAGAGAAGCACCUGGAGAUUUGUAACUGGAUGCCUAGAGACGGCAUCAUGAAGAGAAAGUGAAAGUCGCUCAGUCAUGUCGGACUCUUUCGACCCCGUGGACUACAGUCCAUGGAACUCUAGGCUGGAAUACUGGAGUGGGUAGCCUUUCCUGUCUCCAGGGGCUCGUCCCAACCCAGGGAUCGAACCCAGGUCUCCCGCAUUGCAGGCAGAUUCUUUACCAGCUGAGCCAGGGCCAGCAUCUUAGACAUGAUGAAAUCAUGAACUUAAGGGUGUGGAACAUAGAUGUGGGUAGAUUUUUGAAGGGCUUCCCUAGUGGCUAUGACAGUAAAGAAUCCACCUGCAAUGCAGGAGAUCUGGGUCGAAUCCCUCCCUGGGUCAGGAAGAUUCCCUAGAGAAGGGAAUGGCUACACGCUCUGGUAUUCUUGCCAAGCUGCCCCAUCCCAGGUGAUUUUUGAGGUAGUGCUAAGACUGGGAACCGCUAGAGGUCAUCUUUUGUUUAUUCAUCUGGACUGUUUUCACUUUGAAUCUUACCAUUCCAUGUAUACCUCUUUAUACAGUAAAAUUUGUCUGCUUUUGAACUUUAGGUACAUAGUCAUUCUCUGUAUGUUCUUUUAUGUCUUUUUUCAUCAGCACUGUAAGAUUCAUCUGUGGUGACCUACAGUUUAUUCACUUCCAUUCUGUUACAUGAAUUAUACCUCAAGUUUAUAUAUUCUCUUGUUGAUACUAAUUUCUUUUUUCUUACUGAGUUAAAAUACACAUAACAAAAAACUUCUUAUCUUCACAUUUUAAGUGUACAGUUCAGUGGUACUGGACACUCCCAUUGCUGUGCAGCCAUCAGCACCAUCAGUCCCAUCUCUUAUCUUGUAAGUCUGAAACCCUACAGCUAUUCAACAGCGACUCCUCAUUCUCCCCAACCCCUGACAACUGUCAUUAUACCUUUUGUCUCUCUUUGUGAUCUUGACUACUCUACCUAAUGUAAGUGGAAUCAUAACAGUAUUUGUCUUUUUGUGACUGGCUUAUGAUCAGUUAGCAUAAUGCCCUUAGGGAUCAUCCGUGUUGUGGCGUACUGCACAAUUUCCUUCCUUUCUAGGCCUUAAUAAUGUUCAAUUGUAUGUAUGGGCAUGUUUGGUUUAUCCAGUCAUUGGUUGAUGGACACUUGGGAGGCUUUCAUAUUUUAACUGUUGUGAAUGAUGCUACUGUGAACAUGGAUUUACAAACACCUCUUUAAGACUCGGCCUUUAAUUCUUUUGGAUACAUACCUAAAGUGGACUCAGAGUCAUACGGUAAUUCCAUUUUUAAGUUUUUGAGGAGCCUACAUUACUGUUUUCCACAGUGGCUUUAACAUUUUACAAUCCCACCAAUAAAUAGUGCACAAGGGUUCCAAUUUCUCUAUAUCCUUACCCAACACUUUUUUUGCUUUAAAAAAACUAUUUAUGUAUUUUUGGCUGCGCUGGGUCUGCGUUGCUGUCUGUGGGUUUUCCCUAGUUGUGUGUGGCCUUCUGUUGCCGUGGCUCCUCUCGUAGUGGUCGGGCUCAGCAGCUGUGGUGCACAGGCUUCGUUGCUCCGCAGCAUGUGGAAUCUUCCCAGACCAGGGAUCCAACUGUGUCCCCUGCGUUGGUAGGUGAAUUCUCAACUACUGGACCACCAAGGAAGUCCAACUUUUUGCUUUUUUGACAGUAGCCAUCCUAAUGGGUAUAAAGUGACUAUCUCAUUGUAAUUUUGAUUUGCUAUUUCCCUAAAGAUUAGUGAUGUUAAGUAUCUUUUCAUGUGCUUAUUGGCCAUUUACGUAUCUCUUUUGGAGAAAUGUCUAUUCAAGUCCUUUGCCCAUUUUGAAUCAGGUUUUGUGUGUGUGGUGUUUUAGGAGUUCUAUAUAUUCUAGGUAUUAAUCCCUCAUCAGACUGAUUUGGAACUAUUUUCUCCCAUUCUGUUGGUUGCUUUUUCACUCUGUUGAUAGUGUCUCUUUUGCUUAAAUGUUUGCUUUUCGGUUGCAUUGGGUCUUAGUUGUGGCUUUUGGGCUCAGUAGUUUGGUGCAUGGGUUCCAGUUGUCAUGACACAUGGGCUUAGCUGCUCCGUGACAUGUGGGGUCUUAGUGCCCAGAUGAGGGAUCAAACCUUGUCCUCUGCAUUGCUUUUAAUUUUCAUGAAGUCCAGUUUGUCUAUAUUUUCUUUUGUUGCCUGUGCCUUUGGUGACAUGUCUAAGAAAUUAUUGCCAAAUUCAGUGUCUUGAAGCUUUUGUCCUAUGUUUUUAUAAGAAUUUUUUAGGUCUUAUAUUUAGGUCCUUGAUCCAUUUUGAGUUAAAUUUUUGUAUACGGUGACAGGUAAGGGUCAAACUUCAUCCUUUUGUAUGUGGAUAUCCAGCUUUCCUAGCACCAUUUGUUGAAAAGAGUGUCCAUUCCCCAGUGAAUGGCCUUGGCACCCUUGUCAUAAAUCAUCUGCUUAUAUAUUCAAGGGUUUAUUUCUGGGCUUUCUAUUCUAUUCUUUUGAUCUAUAUGUCUCUCUUUUUUAUGUCAAUACUGGCUUGAUUACUAUAACUUUGCAGUAGGUUUUGAACCUAGGAUGUCUGAGUCCUAUAGUUUUGUUCUUUUUCAAAGUUGUUUUGACUGUUUGGGGUUCCUUGAGAUCCCAUGAGUUAUAGGGCUUUUCUAUUUCUGCAUAAAGGUUCUUGAGAUUUUAGGGAUUGCUAGAAUCUAUAGAUUUCUUUGGGUGCUACUGAUAUUUUAACAAUAUUAAGUCUUCUGAUCCAUGAUCAUGGGAUGUGUUUCUAUUUAUUUAUGUCUAUAACUUUUUUUUCAUUUAUUAGUUGCAGGCUAAUUACUUUACAGUAUUGUAGUGGUUUUUGCCAUACACUGACAUGAAUCAGCCAUGGAUUUACAUGUGUUCCCCAUCCUGAUCCCCCCUCCCUAUUUAUGUCUAUAACUUCUUUCAGCGGUGUUUUGCACUGGGUUGGCCAAAAAGUUUGUUUGGUUUUUUUGGUAACACAUUAUGGAAAAACUCAAAUGUGCUUUUUAGCUAACCUAAUAGUUUUCAUCAUACAUGUCUUUCACCUCCUUGGUUAGUUCAGUUCAGUUGCUCAGUUGUGUCCGAUUCUUUGUGACCCCAUGGACUGCAGCAUGCCAGGCUUCCCUGUCCAUCACCAACUCCCUGAGUCUGCUCAAACCCAUGUCCGUCAAGUCGGUGAUGCCAUCCAACCAUCUCAUCCUCUGUCGUCCCCUUCUCCUCUCACCUUCAGUCUUUCCCAGCAUCAGGGUCUUUGCAAAUGAGUCAGUUCUUCUCAUCAGGUGGCCAAAGUAUUGGCGUUUCAGCAUCAGUCCUUCCAAUGAAUAUUCAGGACUGAUUUCCUUUAGGAUGAACUGGAUGGAUCUGCUUGCAGUCCAAGGGACUCUGAAGAGUCUUCUCCAACACCACAGUUCAAAAGCAUCAAUUCUUCAGUGCUCAUCUUUCUUUACAGUCCAACUCUCACAUCCAUACUUGACUAUGGAAAAACCAUGGCCUUGACUAGACGGACCUUUGUUGGCAAGGUAAUGUCUCUGCUUUUUAAUAUGUUGUCUAGGUUGGCCAUAGCUUUUUUUCCAAGGAGGAAGUGUCUUUUAAUUUCAUGGCUGCAGUCACCAUCUGUAGUGAUUUUGGAGCCCCCAAAAAUAAAGUCUGUCGCUGUUUUCCCAUCUGUUUGCCAUAAAGUGGUGGGACCAGAUGCCAUGAUCUUAGUUUUCUGAAUGUUUUAAGCCAACUUUUUCACUCUCCUCUUGCACUUUCAUCAAGAGACUCUAACUUUCUGCCGUAAGUGUGGUCUGCAUAUCUGAGGUUAUUGAUAUUAUUGAUAUUUCUCCUGGCAGUCUUGAUUCCAAUGUGCUCAUCCAGUCCAGCAUUUCUCAUGACGUACUCUGCAUAUAGUUAAAUAAGCAGGGUGACAAUAUACAGCUUUGACAUACUCCUUUCCCAAUUUGGAACUAGUCUGUUGUUCCAGGUCCAGUUCUAACUGUUGCUUCUUGACCUGCAUACAGAUUUCUCAGGAGGCAGGUAAGGUGGUCUGGUAUUCCAAUCUCUUGAAGAAUUUUCCACAGUUUAUUGUGAUCCACACAGUCAAAGGCUUUGGCAUAGUCAAUAAAGCAGAUGUUUUUCUGGAACUCUCUUGCUUUUUCGAUGAUCCAACAGAUGUUGGAAAUUUGAUCUCUGGUUCCUCUGCCUUUUCUAAACCCAGCUUGAACAUCUGGAAGUUCAUGGUUCAUGUACUGUUGAAGCCUGACUUGGAGAACGUUGACCAUUACUUUGCUAGCGUGUGACAUGAGUCCAAUUACGUGGUAGUUUGAGCAUUCUUUAGCAUUGCCUUUCUUUGGGAUUGGAAUGAAAACUGACCUUUUCCAGUCCUGGCCACUGCUGAGUUUUCCAAAUCUGCUGGCAUAUUGAGUGCAGCACUUUCACAGCAUCAUAUUUUAGGAUUUGAAAUAGCUCAACUGGAAUUCUAAUCACCUCCACUAGAUUUGUUCGUAGUGAUGCUUCCUAAGGCCCACUUGACUUCACACUCUAGGAUGUCUGGCUUUAGGAGAGUGAUCACACCAUCGUGAUUAUCUAGGUCAUGAAGAUCUUUUUUGUAUAGUUCUUCUGUGUAUUUUUGCCACCUCUUCUUAAUAUCUUCUGCUUCUGUUAGGUCCAUACCAUUUCUGUCUUUCAUUGAGCCCAUCUCUGCAUGAAAUGUUUCCUUGGUAUCUCUAAUUUUCUUGAAGAGAUCGCUAGUCUUUCCCAUUCUAUUGUUUUCCCCUGUUUCUUUGCACUGAUCACUGAGGAAGGCUUUUUAUAUCUCUCCUUGCUAUUCUUUGGAAUUCUGCAAUUAACCUCCUUGGUUAAUUGCUGAGUAUUUUAGUCUUUUUGAUGCCGUUAUAAAUGAAAUCAUUUUUGUAAUUUCCUUUUCAGAUUGUUCAUUGUGUAUAGAAAUACAACUGAUUUUUGUGUAUUGACUUUGUAUCCUGCUACUUUGCUGAAGUCAUUUAUUAAUUCUAACAGCUUUUUGGUAGUCUUUAAGAUUUUUUACAUAUAAGAUCACUCACCUGCAAACAUAAUUUUACUUCUUUCUUUUCAAUUUGAAUGCCUUUUAUUUCUUUUAUAGCCUAAUGGCUCUAUGUUGAUUAAAAAUGUUGAAAGUGUG